AGAUUCUGCAGCUUUUAAAGAAUUUCAUCGAGUUAUCUCACAAAGAGCGAGAUCUAAUUCAACCAAGACCGGAGGGCUUCGACCCGAUUAAAAACGUACCAAAGGAUGACAGAAUUUGCAAGAGCCAUGAUCCCGGCAGAAAUUUCCCAAGCUCGAAGUUCACAGUUGCCAAAUCAACAAAGGAGAGAGCCAGGAGCCUGCCGAUCUAUUCAUGAUCAAACCUUCCAGGUCCAACACCUCAAGUUUUUUCUGCCUGACUUUACAGCGAACAAACGCUAUACCUUGAAUCAAGGUCGAAAAUGGAAGGAUUACUAUCAUUUCCCGGCACCAAUGGUUCCAAAGGAGUUAUCCAACGCUGAGGCGGAUUAUUGGGUUGGCGAUGUUGUCUAUUGCCGUUCUACUCGCCAAUAUCAAAUCAUCGACACGUCCUUUACUAUGGAGCAAAGCGUUUUUGCUACAUGCUACCCUGUAACGCUAGACGACAACAACAGAUUGCUUCUUCUUGCGUAUCACAAAAGUGAACGUACCUUUGUCCAACAUGACAGUGCCGUAUAUGUCGAUUCAAGAACUGGAGGGGAGAUACGAUAUCUGCUCGUCAGACGGCCUCUGGCCAAAUCGAAUGGUCACCAAGAAACCGCCUCUCUGAUAUCCAUUUGAGCAUGAUACAAAAAGCUCGCGAACACCGUGAUCGAGUUCCGACCAAUCUUCAAACCGGAAGACAUUUGAAGGUUCGGGUCGUCCCAAUUUCCGUGUUUUCCGAUGAUACCAGUGGCAAUCGGGCCUCAGUAAUUUUCCUAGGUGUAAUGCUUAACACGGCUAAGGGAAGCAGCGUGGUCUGGAAUACCAAGAAUAUAUCUGGUGAGAUCUCAGGAACUUUGGAAGUUAAGAGUAAGCUUGAAAGCUUGCUAUUUGAUGUCGCCGAAAAGAUCCCUGAAAACAAUAUCCAGGGGAUCGCAGUCGUUACAGAUUCGGCAAGUGCAUAUACUGCU